GCUCGGUUUCCGGUUCCGGUCGGCGCCUGUGUGUCGGCCGUUGUGCUACGUGUCUUAGCCUUGGCGAGCGGACGGCGGGCAGGCAUCAUGGAUCAGGUAAUGCAGUUCGUUGAGCCAAGUCGGCAGUUUGUGAAGGACUCGAUUCGGCUGGUUAAAAGAUGCACCAAACCGGACCGAAAAGAAUUCCAGAAGAUUGCCAUGGCAACUGCAAUAGGAUUUGCUAUAAUGGGAUUCAUUGGCUUUUUUGUGAAAUUGAUCCAUAUUCCUAUUAAUAACAUCAUUGUUGGUGGCUGAAUACCUUUUUAGAAAAGUGUUUUUCAUCUUGGGGCUUGGUGAACAAGUGAGGAUUUGAGACGCUCAUGGAGUAAAAAAAAUUUGCCUAUA